UCUCCUAAAAACAAAAACCCUAGAAAAAAAAAAUGGAGUUCUGCACAAGGAUUUCCAACCAGUUGAUGCUCAAGGAGAUUGAAAAGCACAAUGAUAGAAACACUGUGUCGUCUCCUUUAUCGAUCAACUUGGUUCUAAACAUGGUGGUUGCCGGAUCAAAGGGCCGUAGUUUACAGUACAUGCUUGACUUUCUCGGAUCCAAAAACAUCGAUGAGAUUAACUUCAGGUCCUCGGAGAUGAUGGCUGUGGCAGCCGUUGGUGGGUCACCUAACAACACUGAGAAUGAUUCGACGGUAGUCAUGGUCAAUGGAGUCUGGGUCGAUAAAUGUAUUCUUCUAAGGCCGUCUUAUGAAGAGUUUAUUAGAGGUAUUCACAAGUGUGAAGUUAAAACCGUUGAUAUCUUGAAUAAGGUUCGCCAAGUGGAAAAUGAAGUUAAUUCAUGGGCUAGUGUUGCAUCAAGGGGACUUAUCAAAGAGAUUCUCCGACCUGAGUCCCUAUCUCGAGACACAUCAAUCAUACUAGCGAAUGGGCUAUACUUUAGUUACAAAUUUGAUGCCAGCCGCACUUAUAAGAGGGAUUUUCAUCUUUCCAAAGGCAGGACUGUUUUAGUUCCGUUCAUGUCUAGCCAUAGAAGGUACUACUUUGGAUCAUUUCUUGGUUUCAAGGUCCUUGGUAUCCCAUGCCUCAACCAGAAACUCAACAUGUAUUUCUUUCUCCCAAAUGAAAAAUGUGGGUUGAAAAAUCUUGUAGAAGAGUUCAAUACAAAUCCAAGGUUCUUACAGCAGAACCUUAACUUAAGAGAAGUGAAGCUUGACCAAUUUUGGAUCCCAAAAUUUAAAUUUUCAUCUGAUUUUGACGUUUCUAGGGUCAUGGAAGAUAUGCGGGUACCGCUAUCAUUUUUGGAAAAUCCAAAAGAUUGGUCUGACAUGAUUGAUAUUCCCGCUAGGGUCUCAUUCAUGGACACAAAAAUGUUUCAAAAAGCUUGUAUUGAGGUAGACGAAAAACCCAAUUCUUCGGCAGGGAUGGACUUAGAACUUCCAUCCAUGCUCAUGCCGACAAGGAAGGUCUUAGGAGCUUCAUCCAUGCCCGGGCAAAAAACUGCAAGUUUCAUUGCUGAUCAUCCUUUUAUGUUCAUGAUCAAGGAAGAGACAUCAGGUUCAGUUUUUUUCUCUGGAGCUGUACUUAAUCCAAUCUCUGGUGAGUUAUUUCUAGAAAGGGAAUGGUAACUAUUACUCGAGUUUUAAUUAGCCAAAAAGACACUCUAUUACUUGAGUUUCAUCAUCUUCAGUACGUAUGAAUGUUUACAAGAUUAUUGAAAUCAAAGGUGCUAUUGAACCAAAUGAAUAGUGCACGACCCACUACGGGUCCCACAAAAAUAAUCCGAGCCAUUCAUUAAAUUUAAAAUAUUUUUUCAACAGCCCCCCUCAAAAAAUUAGCUCAAUCCAAUUAAUACCUAGAAGUAC